AUGCAUAGUCCACCACCACUCCCACCACCAUUCGAUCCAAAUAAAAGUUUGCAACCAAUGUGGCGUCAAAGUUUUCAAUGGCUUAAUCAAUGCCAUGUUUUAUCACCGGAAGCUAAUCGAAUUUUAAAUUCACCAACUAGUACAAUUGAAGAUUUAGCAGAUAUUCUAUCAGAUGGUAUUGUUUUAUGUAAUGUACUCAAUUAUUUAGUACCAGGAAUAAUUAAAUAUACAGACGUGUCAUUUCGACCACAGAAAAGUCGAUUUCUAUGUUUACAAAAUAUUCGUCUAUUUUUGGAUACAUGUAGACGUGAAUUAAAUUUUCGUGAUCGAGAUUUAUUUGAUCCAUAUAUGUUAUUUGAUAAAUAUGAUUUAGAUAAAAUUGUUGAAACACUUUCCAAAAUCUCUCGAUUAGAUAUAGCAAAAAAGAAGAAACUGACACCAUUCCCAACUAAUAGCCCAGUGAAUUAUGUUAAUAUACAAAAAGAAGAUAAUAUUGGAAUAAUACCAAUAAUGCGCUCACUUGAAGAAGCAAUACCAGUACAAGAUACUAUGCUGAUGAAUAAUGACGAUAAUUCUCGAGGACUGUUAUAUUAUGCAUCGCCUGAAACAGUCGUUGCUCCAGCUGAACAAACUACUCUUUAUGGAUGUUUAAUUGAGAAGAAAAGGGUUGGUGUCUAG